UUAUAGGUGAUCAUGGUUUCUUUUGUAGUUGUUUACCCUGCUGUAAUAUUUGUUGGCAUACUGAGUUAUGCUUGGUGGGGUAAUAAAUACAAGCGAAGCAUCUGCAAGUCGAAGGCUUCUUUGAAAGGGAAAACUGCUCUUAUUACUGGAGGAAACUCGGGUAUUGGAAAAGCAACAGCAAUUGAGUUGGCGAAGCGUGAUGCACGAGUAAUUAUUGCUUGCAGAAAUAAAGCAAAGGCCGAAGCAGCCGUGUUUGAUAUUCGAAAAGAGUCUGGCAACCCUGAAGUUCUUUACAGGAUUGUGGAUUUCAUGGAAUUUAGCUCUGUGAAGUCAUUUGCAGAGAACUUUUGUAAAGAUGAACCACACCUUGAUAUUUUGGUUCACAAUGCUGCUGUGUUUGGUACUGGAGAGAAAUAUGGAUAUUCUGCUAUGGUUGUAACCAACGUUUUUGGACCGUUUAUUAUGAUGCAUUAUUUAAUGAGGAAGAUGCUGCAACAAGCUGAAACAAGACCUGUUCGAAUUGUUGUAGUUGGUUCUGAUGCUUAUAUGUUUGAGACCUUCACCAAAGACAAAUUAGGACAAAUACCGGACAAGACUUCGUCAUCUAAAACUGUUUUUAAAAUGUACGGACUUAGUAAAUUGUGCAGUUUGUACCAUUUUCUUGCCUUGACCAAGAAACUACAGGGCAAAAACAUAUCUACAUUCUGUGUUCAUCCAGGAACAGUAAAUACAGGAUUGGGUAAUGGGUUUUCACAUGAAACAUCAUAUGGUCCAUGGCUUAGAAGAAUAAUUAUGGGUCUGUUUGCAACUGAUCCUUACUUUGGCUGCCAGACAGCAGUUGAAUGUGCUGUUGCUGAAGGGAUGGAACAUAGAAGUGGAAAAUAUUGGAGCUAUUUCAAAGAGCAAGAGUUAAAACCACAUGCACUUGAUCAAGACCUGGAGAAAGAACUUUGGGAAGAAUGUGAAAAGAUCACUGAAUGCAAAUGGGAGUUUACAUAAAUUAAAAAAAAACAAUCAACAUUUUUCACAUUGUAUAAUUAUUGUAAAUUUUGAUUAACUGGUAUCAUUUUAUUGCUUUUUUGCAAUGAAUUAUUUUUUUUAAUUGUUUUUCACAUGUCAACACUGCACCCAUAUUACUGUAAAUUUGGUGGUGUCUAAAUUAAGUAUAAACUCAAUUAGAUCUUAACAGCUAUAAUAAAUAUAGACUACUUUAAAAUUUAGGUGUCAAAUAAAAAUUUAAAUGUGGAAGGAAUAAUUACUAAUUAACUUUGCAUGUUGUUUGAAGGUUUAUUUAUGAAACUAUGUAGCAAAUGAUUUUUUUUUAAAUUCACUGUUUUUGUU